GUCGUGUCCGGAGGGCGGGAGCGGGAGGCGGGCGGCCCGAGCUCGGAGCCCCAGAUGCCCGCGACCUGUGAGGCAGAAGUGACCCUGGGGGUCGCGCAGAUAGGCACGGUCUAUCCCUGGAAAAGUUGCCCGCUGCAGGGGCCUUAAAGAAAAAGGACCUGGAAUAGUCAAAUGGUCCCUUUUUAUAAACGGACAAUUUUAGAUCUUAAAGAGAGGCCUUAGAAAUUACCGCCUGCAAAGUCCAACGCCAUCAUUUUAUGGCUAGUGGGGCACACGGACGGUGCAUGUAGAGCCUGGCUUCUGUCCCCAGCCCAGGGUUUUCCGUAUCGCAAAAGAUGCUGCCAUUGCGUGUUUCACAGCUUACUUUCCCCCUCUGUUUUGAGUUUAUAAAAACGUUUUUAAUCCACAUGUGUCUUAUUUUGCAGGAAGAAGAAAUCGACUAAACGAAUAACAUGACAUCAAAUAGAAGCCCACUUUUUGUUAUUCCAAGUCAGGGAAGUAAAAGUAAACCAUUGCUAUCGUCUCCCCUGUGUUUUAUUACUUGAAACACCCAGUUUUCCCAAUGCUCAGGAUGCCAGAAGGGAAAUCACCUGCGAAAAAAAGACCCCGUAGAAGUUUAUCAAGCAGCAAAACUAAAAAAAAGGAGGCUAACUCUAUUGCUUUGUUUUUCAACAAUGCACCACCUGCUAAACUUGCCUGCCCCGUUUGUAGUAAAAUGGUGCCAAGAUACGACUUAAACCGGCACCUUGAUGAAAUGUGUUCUGAUAGUGGUGACGUCCCAGAAGUUAAGCGUGUCGGCUUAACGAAUUCAAAUGUGUCCACAAUAGACUUAACCAAUAGUGCCGUGGAUGAUGUAACUCCUGAGAAGUCCUCACCAUCAAAGACAAAUUUAAGCCCUGGCCAAAGCGGUUCAGUAAAAAUGGGUGUAAAACAGCAGACCAGCCCCUACUUUAAAAGUAAUGAUGACUUGGUGUGUAAAAACCAAGACGAGCUGAGACAUCAUAAUGUCAAAGUCAUUCCUUUGGGAAGCCUGUCAUCUAAAUUGUCUAGAAGAUACAUAAAGGCAAAAAGAUGCAUAGAGAAGAAUGAGCCGUUUGCCAAUCGUGGUCCUCAGAGUUCCUCAGUGGUUAGGGUGGUUGAUAACUGUUCAGAGACUGAGGACCAGGAUCAAACUUUGGAGAACAGCUCUCAGAAGGAAAAUACAUUUACCUGCGAGCCUCUUAAGGAACAGAGUACCCCCGAGCAUACUGUAGAAGGCACUAAAGUAACGAAAGCUGAAAAUCACAAGGCUACCCAGGAAUGUGGGACAACAGCUCUCACCUCUGCCUUCUCAGGCAACACUCCCCGAUUACUUUCACCAGAUGGAACUUUUGGGGAUCAGUUACAGUCUACUUCAGAGGACACUCUUGCAAAACAGGGGAGUAUCAAAGGAGUGGCUGGUACAGGUGUUGAAAAUCUUGAGGCAGGUAGUGGUGAAGAAGUUACAAUGGCUGUUACUUCAGAAACUACCACAGAGCUGUCAGAUCAAGAGGCAAAAACUCAUAGCUGUACACAUGAUGCUUCUAAAUGGAGUAAUAUCCAAGAGCUUCCUCUGGAAGGCGACAGUGGCUUAAAGACUGAAGUCACUCAUAGAGUCCCUUUGGAGCAGGGGUCAAGCAGUGAUGUACCUGGUGAAACUAUUCCGGCCACACCUUACUACCUUCACAGUUUCCUGGUGGUGCUGGGAGCUGUAUUUGAGAAUGAAGAGGAUAGGUCACUCUUUGAUGAACACGAGAAAGGAAUCGUAACUAAAUUUUAUCAAUUAUCAGAUAAUGGUCAGAAGUUAUAUGUAAGACUAUUUCAACGUAAAUUCAGCUGGAUUAAGAUGAAUAAACUGGACUAUGAAGAGAUUGCCACUGACUUAGCACCUGUGAUUGGAGAACUGAGGCAAGCAGGCUUUCUGCACACAGAAUCUGAGUUGCAAGAACUCCCUGAAGUGUUGGAAUUACUUUCUGCUCCUGAACUCAAAACCCUGGCAAAGACCUUCCACUUGGCAAACCCCAAUGGGCAGAAGCAGCAGCUGGUGGAGACCUUUCUCAAACUGGCCAGACAGCCUUCAGUCUGCACUUGGGGCAAGAGACAGCCUGGAGUCGGCGCAGUGAUUUUAAAAAGAGCUAAGGCCUUGGCGGGACCGGCCCUGCGAGUGUGCCCAGGCCCUCGGGCUGUGUUUUCCCGGAUCCUGCUGCUCUUCGCCUUGACCGACUCACUGGAAGAGGAGGAGGCCGCGGGCGGCGGGCAGAGCCAGCUUUCCUCUGUGCUAUUGGUCAGCCUAGGCCGACUGGCAUUUCCUCGGUACACCAUCCAUCGGAAAACCCAAAUCUUCCAGAAUAGAGACGAUCUCAUCAGAUACGCAGCUGCCACCCACAUGCUGAGUGACAUUUCUACCGCAAUGGCCAACGGGAACUGGAAAGAAGCUCACGAGCUCGCUCAGCGUGCCAGAAGGGACUGGAACAAACUGAAAAACCACCCUUCCCUGAGGUACCAUGAGAGCCUCCCGGUCUUUCUGCGCUGCUUUACCGCUGGGUGGGUUUAUACGCGCAUUUUGUCCCGGGCUGUCGACAUCUUCCAGCGACUCCACAUGUAUGAGGAAGCCGUCAAGCAGCUGGAGAGCCUUUUGUCCCAGAAGGUGUACUGUCCAGACAGCAGAGGCCGGUGGUGGGACAGACUAGCUCUCAACCUCCACCAGCACCUGAAACGCCUUGAACAGGCUAUUCGGUGCAUCGCAGAAGGGCUGGCGGACCCAGAAGUUAGGACAGGACACCGCCUUGCACUUUAUCAGAGAGCCAUGCGCCUGAGAGAGUCCCCGAGCUGCCGGAAGUACAGGCAGCUCAUGCAUCAGCUGCCAGAAGUAACUGUGGACGAUGUGAAACAUGUGACCAUCACGGGCCGGCUGUGCCCACAGCGUGGGAUGGGCAAGUCCGUGUUUGUGACGGAAGCUGCGGGGGCCGCCCCUGCCACGCUCCUGUGCUCCGUGGAGGAGCUGGCACUGGCCUAUUACAGACGCAAUGGCUUCGACCAAGGCAUCCACGGGGAGGGCUCUACCUUCAGCACGCUGUACGGCCUGCUCCUGUGGGACGUCAUCUUCAUGGACGGGAUCCCAGACGUCUUCAGAAACGCCUACCAGGCGCUCCCACUGGACCUGUGUACAGACAGCUUCUUCGCGAGCAGGGCGCCAGCCAUUGAGGCCAGGCUGCAGCUCAUCCAGCAAGCCUCUGCAGAGAGCCUGCGAGCCUGGGUGGCCGCCACGUGGCAGGCCCAGGAAGGCAGAGCGGCUUCCAUCGUCAGCUGGGAACGCUUCUCUUCUCUUCAGCAAGCUCAGGACCUCGUUUCCUGCCUGGGGGGCCACGUCCUCAGUGGUGUGUGCAGGCGCCUGGCCGUGGACUUCCGACACUGCCGAGGGGGCCUCCCGGACCUGGUGGUGUGGAACUCCCAAAAUCAUCACUUUAAGCUGGUGGAAGUCAAAGGCCCCAACGACCGCCUUUCGCAGAAACAGAUGCUCUGGCUGCAUGAGCUGCAGAAGCUGGGGGCUGCAGUCGAGGUCUGCCACGUGGCUGCGGUCGGAGCCAAGAGCAAACCUUAACUGAGCUGUGGCAUCGAGAAACCCGGCCAGACACGGAUCAGAAUUUCAAAAGCAUGAAGUGUAACUACAUUUUAUGUAGCUUUGAUUUGGUUAUUGUCAGUAAUAAACCCGAUAGUAAACUUGG